AUGGCGUUAUCGCGUUUACAUCGUACCUUAGCAUUUUUUGGUUUAGUAUCAGCAGUUAUUUAUGGAUUUUAUUCAUUAUUUGAUCGUCGUCCACCGUGUUAUUCCGUCGAUGUUGAAUAUUUCGGUCCCAUUGAUCGUAAUCGAGAUAUGGACUCUGAUGUUAAAAUAUAUCCAUUUACCAUACCAUAUAGUCCUGCACAAGUAGAUGAUUUACAAUCACGUCUUGGAAAAACACGUUUUUAUCAACCAUUAAAUGAUCCACAAAAUAUCACUCAAUCCCAAUACGGUUUUAAUCGUAAAACGGCUGAAUCUAUUCGAGACUAUUGGUUAAAUACGUUUAACUGGAAAAAAGCUGUAGCUGAUUUAAAUGAAUUUUCACAUUAUAAAACGAUGAUUGCCGGUCUCAAUAUUCAUUUUGUUCGAAAACAAACAACAACACAACAACAUCGACAAAAAGAAGCAAUUAUAUUUUUACAUGGUUGGCCAGGAUCAUUCUAUGAAUAUUUAGAUGUAAUGAAACUGAUGAGUGCAUCCACAACGAUUGAAUAUGAUUUGAUCACUCCAUCGUUGCCAGGUUAUGGUUAUUCUGAUAUGACUACUCGAUCUAAAAUGUCACCACAACAAAUGGCUCGAAUAUUUCAUGUUUUAAUGCAACGUCUCGGUCAUAGUUCAUAUAUUGUUGUUGGAGGUGAUUGGGGAUCAAUCAUCGGUACAUUUAUGUCAAAAUUAUAUCCAGGACAUGUUAAAGGUUUUUUGACAACGAUGCCCUCUGAUAUUACACCAAAUUUAUUAAAUUUUAUUCGGAUGUUAUCCGGAUCAAUUAGUAAAUCAUUUUUGUUAGAUCAAGAUGAACAAACGUUCAAACCAGAUUUUAGUAUAAUAAAUAAUCUAAAAUUAUUUUGGAAAGAAUUUGGAUACUUUCAUUUACAAUCAACAAAACCGGAUACAAUAGGUUAUGCACUCAAUGAUUCACCAAUGGGUUUAGCCUCAUAUAUAUUAGAAAAAUUUUCUUCAUGGAGUAAUAAUCGAACUGAAGUUGAUACAUCACCAAACUUUGGUCUUGGACGUUUUACUCUCGAUCAAUUAUUAACAAAUAUAAUGAUUUAUUGGACAACAGAAACGAUAACAUCUUCGAUUCGUCUUUACUAUGAAUUUAUGAGUUCUGUUGCAUCUGGUCAUGAUAAAAAAUUAAUCACUGGUCCGUUAGAUAAAACUGUACCAGUGGCCGUAUCAAAUUAUCGUAAUGAAAUUUUUUAUAUGCCAAAAAUAAUUAUUAAAUCAAAAUUUCCAAAUAUUAAACAAUGGUUAUAUCAUCAAGAAGGUGGACAUUUUGCCGCACUGGAAGUUCCAAGACAAUUUGUACGUGAUCUUGAAAAAUUUAUUGCACUCCUUUAA